AUGUCCUUAUUCGGCACAUCUCCAGAGGAUCCCUCUGCGGGUGAUCCUGCCAGAUCCAAGUCCUCGCUGUUUGCUGACGAACCGGCUACGGGCGGCUCCUCGCUGUUCGCCGAUGAUGACGGCGACGACAACUCCUCUGCUUGGAACGCCCAAAAUAAUACAGCCAAGCGAACUGCCCGGCGCGAUCUAGUUCGGACCUUGCUUCCAAAUACGGACGUUCCUGAGAGCUAUAUCGACGCAUACGACCUGAUUCUGAACAGCGGUGACAGGGUUGGCUCCGGCAUUGGGCUGACCUCUGUUCGGGAGAUCCUUUCAAGCAGCGGGCUCACUGCAACCGACCAAAGCAAAAUCCUGAACCUUGUUGCUUCUGGUGACCAUGAAAGCUUUAGUGGACUCGGUCGUGGCGAGUUCAAUGUGCUGUUGGCGCUGGUCGGCCUAGCGCAAGAAGGCGAGGACCUCUCCUUUGAUGCAGUGGACGACCGCCGCAAAAAAUUACCCCAGCCAAAGGCUGGCUACCUUGACCGGCUACGAACGAGCGGCGACGCAAGCUCCGAACAACCAUACCAGCGACCUGCUACCCCCCCUCCCCAACCUCCUCCCUUGCAAACCCCCGGCUCCGCACAAUCGCAAAGAUUACGACGAACGUCAUUGGGCGGAUUGGAGUCAGACCCAUGGGGCAGUCCAGAAUUACACCGCGGUCACAACCAUGAGACAGGAGGCGCCGAACCACGUAUAUUGAAUGGAUUCGGUAGUGUGAGGUCCACGACGAACGCCUGGUCUAACAAGGCGGUCGAAGACACCACACAAAGCAACGUGGUUCAACGGGAGCAUUCCAAUGGCCAGACGGAGGCUGCGCCGCCUAGCAGUUCUGGGUCUGGAUGGGGAAACAAUAACUUCAGCGGAGCGGGUCCGAGCGAUGAAAGUAGCUUUGGGGGCACAGUGCCUCCGGCACUCGGUGGCUUUGGUCCAGCAGAGGAUGAGCCCACUAAUAUUGCACCACGACGUCGGUCCAUUGGUCUCGGCCGACCGACAAACCCACAGGUAGAGGAGACAGUCACGGUCACGUUGCUCCCCGAGAAAGAAGGCUUGUUCAUGUUUCAACAUCGAAACUAUGAGGUCAAGUCUGCACGGAGAGGUAGCACGGUUAUUCGGCGUUAUAGCGAUUUUGUCUGGCUGUUGGACUGCCUCCAAAAGCGAUUUCCUUUCCGGCAAUUGCCUCUUCUUCCCCCCAAGCGGGUUUCAGUCAAUGGCACUCACCUUUCAGCGGAUUCAUCCUCCUUCCUCGAAAAGCGCCGGCACGGACUUGUUCGAUUCACCAAUGCCCUCGUUCGCCAUCCCGUUCUUGGUCAAGAGCAGCUUGUGAUCAUGUUCUUGACAGUUCCAACAGAACUUUCGGUUUGGCGAAAACAGGCCACAAUAUCAGUCCAUGACGAGUUUGUUGGCCGUGUCCUCCCACCGGAUCUUGAAGACUCAUUACCCGCCACUCUCGACGAUACAUUUGAAACGGUUCGCAGCGGUGUCAAGCGUUCUGCGGAAAUCUAUAUUAAUCUUUGCACUUUGCUUGAGCGAUUGGCUAAGCGCAACGAUGGUCUGGCUGCUGACCACCUCCGGUUCUCCCUCGCCCUGCAGUCCUUGACGGAAGUCACCAAAGACACGUACGCAGUGGAUACCAAUGACAUCCCGUCCCUUAAUGCAGGUAUCACAGCUACCGCUCGGCAUCUCUCUACCAGCCAAAGUCUGCUGGAGGACGAAGCCCGAGGGUGGACCGAGGGGGUUCUAGAAGAUCUAAAGCAGCAACGUGAUUGCUUGGUCAGUGUGCGCGAAAUGUUCGACCGGCGGGAUCGGUAUGCACGGAACAAUAUUGCGCAGCUGGAACGGCGCAUUGAGACCAGUGAGCAGAAGCUGCAGGACCUACGCGCCCGACCCUCGGGCACAGUAAAGCCCGGGGAGAUUGAGAAGGUUGAGGAUUCCAUCUUCAAGGACAAAGAAUCCAUUGUGCAACAGCAUGCUCGGGGCGUCUUCAUCACAGAAUGCAUCCGUGACGAACUCGUCCACUUCCAGCAAAGCCAGUAUCACAUCAGCCGCCUGCAUCAGGACUGGAGCCAGGAGCGUGUCAAGUAUUCCGAACUGCAGGCGGACAACUGGCGUGGCUUGAGCGACGAAGUUGAGAGGAUGCCGACGGGCGUGUAG